GCCCGGCCGGCUGCUGGAGGCCCGGGGCCGGGCCCGCGCCGCGAUGGCCCUGGUGACCCUUCAGCGCUCUCCCACGCCCAGCGCCGCGUCGUCCUCCGCAAGCAACAGCGAGUUGGAGGCUGGCAGCGAUGAAGAGCGGAAGUUGAACCUCAGCUUGAGCGAGAGCUUUUUCAUGGUGAAAGGAGCAGCCCUCUUCCUACAGCAGGGAAGCAGCCCCCAGGGCCAGCGGAGUCUUCAACACCCUCACAAGCAUGCAGGUGACCUGCCUCAGCACCUGCAAGUGAUGAUCAACCUCCUGCGUUGUGAAGACAGAAUCAAGCUGGCCGUGCGCCUAGAGAGCGUCUGGACCGACCGUGUCCGCUACAUGGUCGUGGUGUACACCAGCGGCCGCCAGGACACGGAGGAGAAUAUCCUGCUGGGAGUUGACUUUUCCAGUAAGGAGAGCAAAAGCUGCACGAUCGGAAUGGUUCUUCGACUCUGGAGCGACACCAAGAUUCACCUCGAUGGGGACGGUGGGUUCAGCGUGAGCACAGCGGGCAGGAUGCACAUAUUCAAGCCGGUGUCUGUCCAGGCCAUGUGGUCUGCCCUGCAAGUGCUUCACAAGGCCUGCGAAGUGGCUCGGAGGCAUAACUACUUCCCAGGGGGAGUGGCGCUCAUCUGGGCCACCUACUAUGAGAGCUGCAUCAGCUCGGAGCAGAGCUGCAUCAAUGAGUGGAACGCCAUGCAGGACCUGGAGUCCACGCGGCCCGACUCCCCCGCGCUGUUUGUGGACAAGCCAACCGAGGGCGAAAGAACCGAGCGGCUCAUUAAAGCCAAACUCCGGAGCAUCAUGAUGAGCCAGGACCUUGAAAAUGUGACUUCUAAGGAAAUCCGAAAUGAGCUGGAGAAGCAAAUGAACUGCAACCUGAAAGAGUUCAAGGAAUUCAUUGACAAUGAGAUGCUGCUCAUCUUGGGCCAGAUGGACAAGCCCUCCCUUAUCUUCGACCAUCUUUAUCUUGGCUCCGAGUGGAAUGCGUCCAAUCUGGAGGAGCUGCAGGGCUCAGGUGUUGACUACAUUUUAAAUGUCACUAGAGAAAUAGACAAUUUUUUCCCCGGCUUGUUUGCGUACCAUAACAUCCGCGUGUAUGACGAGGAGACCACAGACCUUCUUGCCCACUGGAACGAAGCUUAUCACUUCAUAAACAAAGCGAAAAGGAAUCAUUCCAAGUGCCUGGUCCACUGCAAGAUGGGCGUCAGCCGAUCUGCGUCCACGGUCAUCGCCUACGCCAUGAAGGAGUUCGGCUGGCCCCUGGAGAAAGCAUAUAACUACGUGAAGCAGAAGCGGAGCAUUACACGGCCCAACGCAGGUUUUAUGAGGCAGCUGUCUGAGUACGAAGGCAUCCUGGAUGCAAGCAAACAGCGGCAUAACAAACUAUGGCGCCAGCAGCCCGCAGAUGACACCAUCGCCGAGCCCAGUGAGUUCUUGCCGGAGACCUUGGACGGUACCCUGGACGCUCCGCUGCCCUGUUUGGAUGAUACCACCCACCCCGGGCUCCCGAGAAGCCUGGCCCCGGGAGGACCCUCUCUCCCGUGUUGUUUCCGAAGACUCUCGGACCCCCUCCUCCUCCCCCACCAUGAUGAUACGGGUGGCCUGGUCCACUUAGAAGAUCUCGAGAGGGAUGCUCUGUUAGAGGAGGAGGAGGAGGAGGAGGCUCAGCCAGUAGAGGUGCACAAGCUGGUUCAGCAUCCCCAGGAAGGUGCCAGGCUGUGUGAAAAGGAUGUAAAGAGGAAACUGGAGUUUGGGAGCCCCAAAGCCCGCAGUGACUCCUUGCCUCAGGUGGAGGAGCUGGAGAAGGACGGUGGCCCAAGAACGGGGAGGUGGAGGCGGGCCUCCACCCAGCUCGAUAGAAGUUUGCUCGACCAGGAAAACCUAAAUAACAACAACAGCAAGAGGAGCUGUCCCAAUGACUUUGAGCGCGAUGCCAUGUUUGGAAUUCUCAGCAAGGUGAAGCCUCCUUAUACGUCCUGUGCUGACUGCAUGUACCCCGCAGCUGGCGGGACUCCCGAGGGCUACAUGGAGCGGCACGAAGACCCCAGCUCCUCUGCCAUCUGCACCCAGCCAACCUUCCUCCCCCACGUCACGUCUUCCCCAAUGGCCCACACGAGCAGCAGGUCCCGAGCUCCAGAGAGGCCGGCCUCCGGUCCAGCCAACACCUCUCCGUUCCCACUACCAGCAGGCUCCAGGAAGCCAGAUGUCAGUGGCUCUGGAGCCGGGGCUACCCCGGAACCACCAGCAAGCCUUCUAGAGCCUUCUAGAGAGACCUCAAAAGCCCUUCCAAAAUCUCUCCAGUUGAAGAAUCCUCACUGUGACAAGAGCGUGGCCAAUACGGAGGUGGCGUUGAAGGAAGAACUGUCGCCUAAGAAAGAUCCCAAGCCCGCUAAGGACCUGAGGCUUCUGUUCAGUAACGAGGUGGAGAAGCCCACCACCAACAGCUAUCUGAUGCAGCAUCAGGAGUCCAUCAUCCAGCUGCAGAAGGCAGGCCUGGUCCGAAAGCACACCAAAGAACUGGAGAGGUUGAAGAGCUUGCCUUCGGACUCACCGGCUGCCUGCAGGGACAGCGCCACCUGCAGGCUGGAGGCCAGCAUCCCCGAGGAGGGUGUCCAGGAGCCUGCACACCCAGCCCUGUGCAGCCAAGCCGGGUCCGAAGAGCAGCCUGUAGGGGGAGCCCAGCAGAAGAGCCCCACGUCUACCCUCCCCCGCCUAGAUCACACCAGUAACUUCUCGAAGGACUUCCUGAAGACCGUGUGUUACACCCCCACCUCCUCCUCCAUCAGCUCCAACCUGACCCGGAGCUCCAGCAGCGACAGCAUCCACAGCGUCCGAGGGAAGCCUGGGCUGGUGAAGCAGCGGGCGCAGGAGAUCGAGACGCGGCUGCGCCUGGCCGGCCUCACUGUGUCGUCCCCACUGAAACGGUCCCAUUCCCUCGCCAAGCUGGGUAGUCUCAACUUCUCCACGGAGGACCUGUCCAGCGAGGCUGACACGUCCACCAUCGCCGACUCGCAGGACACCAAGUCCGGUCUCUCUUCUUCCUUCUUGCCCGAACCCCAGGCUGCGCCAAGGGACCCCAUUGCAACCUCCAAACCGUCAGGGAAAUCUCCCCCGGAACACUUGAAAAGCCCAUUGAGGGUAAACAAAAGCUGACUAGCUUUCGGCUCUGAGGUUUUCAUCAUGUUCUGAUCUACUCUCACUCUUGAUUUGUGUUAAUGACUUCAGUCUUCUGGGCUUUCCCCCACUUAGAGCCCGUGAGGGUGGACACCCGGGUGUGGGGUCUGGGCAACCUGGAAACUGUCAGUCAGGAGUCACAUUCAGAUAUGUGCACGCAAGCCGUGGUCCCCAGCGUCCCAUAAAACCAGGCACGGUUGCGCACGCAUACAGAAAUUCCAACACUGGAGGUGGGCAGAAGGAUUUAGAAGUUCAAAGUCAUCUUCAGCUGCUACAGUGGUGAGUUUUAGGCCAGCCUGGUGGAGAGAGAGAAAAAAAAAAUGUGUGCGGACAUACAAAAUACUCAGUUUGCAGCAUGUCAAGGAACUACAUUGGCGAGAUCACUGCAGCCCAUGUCCCCUGCUCAUUCCCGUCCUCUAGAGAAUUCUCAGAGGGCUACACAGGCCUACCUCUCUGCUCACUGUGCAUUUCUGUUUAUAAAACAGUAAUGACCAAGGCUCGCUCUGAGAACAAUGCUAUGUCCAGAAGGGAUUUUCCAAGA